CUUUAAUUCGACCCCACAGCGGAAGGACACCACUGCAGUUUCCCCAAAACUGCACCUCAAUCUGAACGCGCUGCAGUUGGUACCUACCUAGCUAGGUACCCUGGAAAGGGAAAACCGUCGUGCCCAAAAAACCCGAAAUAUCCUGACCUCAUCGAGCACACCCAAAGCUCCCGAUUCCGACCACCAAAUCCGCGGGCGCAAGACAACCAACCAGCCCACGAUGCCGCCAUCACUACCAAGAGUUUUUCUCCGGCCUUCGAGUCUCGCAGCACAGUCAUGUCUGCGAUCCAUCGCCCGCCACAAAACCCUCGCCCGCCCCGGUGCGCAAGUAACACCACCAACACCAUCCUCCUCCUCCUCCCGCACCAUCACCACCCGCGCAUUCCACACCACCCGGCGAACCCGCGCCUCUGAACCCGCACCCGAUUUCGUCUCCAUAGUCGACAACCCCCCGGACCUCGUUCGCGCCGGCCGCCGCCACGGCCCGGGCCUUAUCAUCCUCGCCCUGAUCCCCAUCACUGCCUUCGUCCUUGGCACCUGGCAGGUUCAGCGCCUUGGCUGGAAGACGGACCUCAUCGCCAAGCUCGAGGACCGCCUCGUCCGCGACCCUCUACCCCUCCCGCCCCGAAUUGACCCGGCCGCCGUCGCUGACUUCGACUACCGCCGCGUCUACGCCACCGGCCGCUUCCGCCACGACAAGGAAAUGCUCAUCGGGCCGCGCAUGUGGGACGGCGAGCAGGGAUACAUGGUCGUCACGCCGCUCGAGCGCGAGGGCGACGGCACCACGGUGCUGGUGAACCGCGGGUGGAUCGGCAAGGACAUGGCCGACCAGCGGAAGCGCCCCGCAAGCGCCUUGCCGCGCGGCGAGGUCACCGUCGAGGGCCUGCUGCGCGAGCCGUGGAAGAAGAACAUGUUCACGCCGGAUAACCGCCCGGACCGCUGGGAGUUUUUCUUCCCCGACGUGCACCAGAUGGCGGAGCUGACGGGGAGUCAGCCUAUUUGGAUUGAGGCUACUAUGGACCACGAGUUCUUCCGUGUCAUAGACCUCAAGUCCAAGGGUAUUCCUAUCGGGAGAGCCGCCGAAGUGAACCUGCGGAAUAACCAUGCCCAGUACAUCUUCACAUGGUACGGGCUCGCGUUUGCCACCUCGAUUAUGCUGUGGAUGGUCGUCAAGAAGCCUCCUUCUGACAUCUCGAAACGGGUGCGCAUGAACAAGCAUUGGUAAGGACAUCCAUAUGGGGUGGUCUCGCCCUGGAGCGACGUCGUGUCGUAGUAGCGGCGUAUGGCUCUCAAGUCCCCUCCUCCUCUCCGUCGUCGCCGUUGGUUACACUACGGCGCUUCUUCCUCGGCUCCGCUGGGGGCGGCGGCUUCGGCAUCCUCAACUCCUGCAGUAGUUCCCGGGGCAGGUACCUGUGCGCCAGGGAAAAGGGGGUAAUCGUCUGGUUGGUCUGGCGUUGUCUGUACGAGUGUUAGAUGAAAACAAACUGUACAAAACUUUUGUGAAUAUUUCGGGGCGAGGGAGAAAGCUCCCAAUCA